AUGAGUCAAACUGCAAUAAAAAAGUAUUACGAUGCGUUGAGCAAUAAUAUCAAUGAACUGAAAGAGCUGCUGAAGUCAUUUAAAAAUGAACAUCUUUCGUAUGAUAUUAAGAAGUACUUGCUGUCUGAUUUUAUUAUUUCAGAUUACCGAGUUUCUUGAAGUUCCUCAUUAUUUUCACCGAGUCUAUUGAAGAGAAGGCGAAAACCGGCGAGAAGAGAUUCGAGAAGUUUCUUGAUGGCAUCACCGAAACCAAGGAUUUGACGCUGGCUUUUGUGGAGAGAAAUAACAUGGUCUCGAUCCCACUUCUGGUCGAGUUGAUCAAUGCCUGGUUCGACUUUUUCCUAAAAAUCAUCAAGGAAAACAAGAGCGCGCAGGAAGAACCCGUCUCAGACAAACCAAGAGAAGAGUGGCCACUCCAUUUGGAGACGAGCGAGAAAUUCUAUAAGUUGCGGGAGUUUAUCAACACUCACGCAAAACUUCCACACCAGAGAAGGUUAGUUGAUACAACUAAAAAAAUAGGAAAGUGACAAAAGUAUUGCAGAAAGUUCAGUAAACACGAGAUCAUUGAAGAAGUCCACAAAUAUCUGAUCGGGUACCGUAUCACGGAGGGGAAUCAAAACUUCUUCAAAGCGGAUAUCGACAAAAGCCAUGAUAUUAACGAGGCUUAUCUGGAGGGACGAAAGUUUGGAAAGAAAAUCGCAGAUGCGAUUUUUAUGGUAAGCUGAAAACGCAAACAUAUGUAUGUAGAAUGCAAACGUGAUUUUCCAGAUCACUCCAAUCGUCAAAGAAUACGUUCACGAGCUACGCCAUGCUCUUAACUCAGGCAACACUCGUCAAAUUUUCCGCCCUUGGGAGUGA